AUGGGCAACAUCCCGCCGGCGCUGAAGCACUGCCUCAGCUACCCCCACCUCCUCAAGGAGCAGCUGGGGAUCGGCGAAGUCGCCCAGCAGCCGACUGUUCUGCAACAGCCUGGGCAGGAAACCUCAUCCACUAGAGCAGGGGACAGGGAGCCUGAAGGCUUUGAGAUGUCUUCAGCUACUGUCAUUCUUUACCAGUGGCCAUGGUGGCAGGAAUUGCUUACAAGUGGAUUUCCUGAGUUUGUUAAAAUAGUGGAAGUUGGUCCAAGAGAUGGAUUACAGAAUGAAAAGGCUAUACUUCCUACAGAUGUGAAAAUUGAGCUCAUCGAUCAACUUUCCAAAACUGGCUUGUCUGUCAUAGAAGUGACAAGUUUUGUUUCUUCAAAAUGGGUACCUCAGAUGGCAGAUCACACAGAAGUAAUGAAAGGAAUAAAACGAUAUCCUGGAGUCCAUUAUCCAGUCCUUACUCCUAAUCUUCAUGGUUUCCAUUCUGCUAUAGCUGCUGGAGCAACUGAAGUGUCGGUGUUUUGUGCAGCAUCCGAGACUUUUAAUAAAAUAAACAUCAAUUGUACUAUAGAAGAAAGCCUGGACAGAUUUGAGGCCGUAGUUAAAUCUGCAAGAAAUAUGGACGUUCCAGUGCGAGGGUAUGUGUCUUGUGCAUUGGGAUGCCCUUAUGAAGGACAUAUUCCUCCAGCUAAGGUUGCUGAAGUCUCGAAAAGGCUAUAUAGUAUGGGAUGCUAUGAGGUCUCCUUGGGAGAUACCAUUGGAGUGGGAACCCCUGGCAGUAUGAAAAGAAUGCUGGAAUCUGUUAUGAUGGAAGUUCCAUUGUCCGCUGUCGCAGUGCAUUGCCAUGACACCUACGGCCAGGCCUUAGCCAAUAUUCUUACAGCUAUGCAGAUGGGAGUUCAUGUUGUGGAUUCCUCUGUUUCGGGCUUAGGAGGCUGCCCGUACGCGAAAGGUGCCACUGGAAAUGUGGCCACAGAAGAUGUGAUAUACAUGCUUAAUGGCAUGGGGAUCAAUACA